CAUGCGCGCGCCGCCAUGCGCGCGCGCGCGGUGCCCGCCCGCGCGGCGCGCCUGCUGCUGCUGGCGCUGCUGCUGGCCGGCUGCGCCGGCAACCCGGACGCCAAGCGGCUGUACGACGACCUGCUCAGCAACUACAACAAGCUGGUGCGGCCCGUGCUCAACGUCAGCGACGCGCUCACCGUGCGCAUCAAGCUCAAGCUCAGCCAGCUCAUCGACGUGAAUUUGAAAAAUCAGAUUAUGACCACAAACCUGUGGGUGGAACAGAGUUGGUACGACUACAAGCUGUCGUGGGAGCCGCGCGAGUACGGCGGCGUGGAGAUGCUGCACGUGCCCUCCGACCACAUCUGGCGUCCCGACAUCGUGCUGUACAACAACGCGGACGGCAACUUCGAGGUGACGCUGGCCACGAAGGCCACGCUGAACUACACGGGGCGCGUGGACUGGCGCCCGCCCGCCAUCUACAAGUCCUCGUGCGAGAUCGACGUGGAGUACUUCCCCUUCGACCAGCAGACCUGCAUCAUGAAGUUCGGCUCCUGGACCUACGACGGCUUCCAGGUGGACUUGCGGCACAUCGAUGAGGCGCGCGGCACCAACGUGGUGGAGCUCGGCGUCGACCUCAGCGAGUUCUACACCUCCGUGGAGUGGGACAUACUCGAAGUUCCCGCGGUCAGGAACGAGAAGUUCUACACGUGCUGCGACGAGCCGUACCUCGACAUCACGUUCAACAUCACGAUGCGGCGCAAGACGCUGUUCUACACCGUCAACCUCAUCAUCCCCUGCAUGGGCAUCUCCUUCCUUACCGUGCUGGUGUUCUACCUGCCCUCCGACAGCGGCGAGAAGGUGUCGCUGUCCAUCUCCAUCCUGCUGUCGCUCACCGUGUUCUUCCUGCUGCUGGCCGAGAUCAUCCCGCCCACGUCGCUGGUGGUGCCGCUGCUGGGCAAGUUCGUGCUGUUCACCAUGAUCCUGGACACCUUCAGCAUCUGCGUGACCGUGGUGGUGCUCAACGUGCACUUCCGCUCGCCGCAGACGCACACCAUGGCGCCGUGGGUGCGCCGCGUGUUCAUCCACGUGCUGCCGCGCCUGCUGGUCAUGCGCCGCCCGCACUACCGCCUCGACCCGCACCGCAGCCGCUUUGCAGGCCUCGUGUCGAGCGAGGGCUGGUCGCCGGUGGUGUGCGUGGCGGGCGGCGCGGCGGGCGGCGCGGCGAGCGGCGCGGCGCGCGGCGCGGACGGGGAGCGCUCGCCGUCGCCGGGCGCGUGCCGCGUGCACUCGGCGGCGGCGCCGGCGCUGUGCGAGGCGCUGCGUCGCUGGCACCGCUGCCCCGAGCUGCACAAGGCCAUCGACGGCAUCAACUACAUCGCCGACCAGACACUCAAGGAGGAGGAGUCCACGCGGGUGAAGGAGGACUGGAAGUACGUGGCGAUGGUGCUGGACCGGCUGUUCCUGUGGAUCUUCACGCUGGCCGUGCUGGUGGGCUCGGCCGGCAUCAUCCUGCAGGCGCCCACGCUGUACGACGACCGCGCGCCCAUCGACGUGCGCCUCUCCGAGAUCGCGUACGCGGCCGCCAAGCCGCGCCCCCCGCCGCCGCGCUGACCCGCCCUCACACACCCUCCCACACCCUCCCACACCCUCACACACCCUCACACACACGGACACUACCAUAUUGAUAUUAUUAUUGUAAAUAAAAUUAUAUUAUAUUAUAAAUAGUUUAUACGACGAAAUAACGUGAUCGAAGAUAAGUCGAAUUUCUUUUGAUAGAGACGAAAUAAACUCGUUUGU